AGCUUGUGCAUCCUCCUUCUGUUACACAAGUUGGGGAGGCUCUCCUUUGGCAGACCAGCUCUGUGGCAAAGGAUCCUAUCUACCAAGAAGAAUAACAAUGGCUGGCAGUUCAGAAAAUACACAGAGCAUCCUUGUUAUCUAUGAAGAAGCUGCCAAGGAAUGGGCUCUGUAUUUAAAAUCAAUUUUCAAGCACAUUGUAUUAGAAGACAGGAUCUUACUUUACAACUUAAAAGCUGGAUUGAUUCACCAUUCAGAAGUGCCAUUUCUUUGCUCUUACAGAUGCAAACUGUUGAUAAUAUCAAACGGUCUUUUAAAGGGCCUGAAUGUGAAAAAAAGAUAUUUUCUGGACAAGAUUCUUCAGCCACCUGAAAGGGUGGCCAUUUUGCUGUGUGGGGUAGAAGAUUCAGCCCUUAUCUAUCAGACACUGAAUAUUGACAAAUGGAACCAAUUGAUGACAACAGAUCAAGGGCCGGAAGAUUAUCUUGCUGUUAUAUCUGAUAUUAUUCAACAAGGUGCACAUGAUCCCUUAUCUUCGGACUUAGAAAGAAGCUUGAGGCUAAAUGAUAGAAGUGUGGAAAUUGACGAGGUGACGGAGAUGGUGGGAAGGCCCGAGGUGUUAGUGUUGCCAAAAAGGAUACCAUGCGAGGCUUUCAAGUUUUCAUCAGCAGAGAAAAUGGAUAACAUUCUCACACUCUUGCUGAAAAGUUCAAUCAUUUCUCAUGGUUUUAGCAGCUUUCCAAAUGAAAAUGAAGUCACGGAUCACGACCAGGAAACUGAUUCACAGUUAGAGGAACUUCCGACUCUUCUCCAUUGUGCAGCUAAAUUUGGAUUAAAGAAAUUUGCUGGACUUCUUCUCCAAAAUCCCAAAACCAUUCAAGCGUGUAGCAUUACAAAUAAGUAUGGAGAAAAUCCAUCUCAGAUUGCAAAAAAGUAUGGCCAGAAGGAAAUCUGGAAGCUCCUUAAAGAAUUGCCAAUAAGUGAAGACAAAAACACAAGUGAUGAGAAGGAAAUAAAAGCUGAGGAUGACAUUUAUGUGUUUAUGAUGAGCUCGGAUUCUCAUUCUAAUGGACUUGGCAGGCCAAGCACAGAAGAACCACCUGGAGCCUGUUUGGAAAUCCAGAAGAAGAAAGGGAUGAAUGCUGAUGCAGAACUGAAAGAAUAUAAUGAGGAAGGAGUAGUAGAGAAAGUAGAAGGAAAUAAAUUAGAAGAAAAUACAUGUCGCUUGAGAAAUAGCUUGUAUAGUAACAUACUUAGAGAUGUCCCAGAAGCGAAGAGUGAAAACAUCCAUUUCUCUGAAGGACCACCCUUGCCACCCCGAAAUCAAUUUCUUGCCAGUAAACAAAAUGAAUGUUUUUACUUGUAUUCAGACUUGAAAAAAGUGGAAGGCCAAGUGGAAAAUAAGGGGACAGAGGGGGAACCUAAGAUAAAUUGUUGUUCUGAUGAAAUAGAUGAGGAAGAUCCAUACACUUCUGCUGUAGUAAAUCAUGGUGUGUAUGAUGCCAUUAUGGAGAACAAGCUUCAAGAGCAAAGGAAAGACGGUAGAUCCUUUAUUAUGAAUCGGCCUCCUGCACCUGCCCCACGUCCUUUGUCUGCUGCUGUGAAAGAAGAGGGAACUUCUUACAUAGCUCAAGUCUUUCAGCAAAAGGUGACUAGGACUCAUGCUGGUAAUGAGAAGCUGUUGAAUGCUGUCAGGAAACCAGAUAGAAGUUAUGAGGACAAGGUCGCAUACACCACUGUCAAGCCCAAUAUCCCACCAAGGCAGGAAGAACACAUCUUAUUCCAACAGCAACUGAAAAAGGAAAACAGCUCCAUGGAUGAAAUGCAGAAACUCAAGCUCUGGCAAAUCCAUACAAGUAGAACGGAAACCACUCAGCAGGUGAUGGAGUAUUUCAAGGAGCAAUUCAAAACAGAUGAAGAAACUGGAUUCCUUUACAGCAAAAUACAGAAAAUUCCUUUACAGCAAGGAUCAUCAAACUAUGAAUCAAGUCUUUCAAUCAAUCAUGGGAAAGUUGUUAAGAAAAUAACUGAACUUCGAUAGCACUGGUGUCUUGAUUUAUAGAUAAGAAUUUAUCUAUAAUUAGGCUCUGCGCAUGCGCGAGAAUGGUGGCGGUUUAGAAGAGUCCGAAUUCGGCGAUGGGGGCUUUCCCAGGAAAUGGAGACUUCGGCUGACUCACCAGGCUUCUCCGGUCCCUCGGUGUGGGGUAUGAUCUAUCCGGCUGCCGUUGGAGAGGUUUGUGGCCUCUCGGGACAUACGGCAGCCGAGAACGGGCCGAGGGACGGAGAGGCGGUCCGGAAGGGGCGGCCAUUUUGGAGGCGGCGAGGACGUGAGAGAGGCGAGGGAGGCCUGCGGCUUGUUGCGAGCUCCGGCCUUGGCUCCGGCCCUGCCCCAGCGGUGAUUUCAGCCCUGCCCCAGCGGCGAUCCCA